CUCUUUUCUCGACAUUUCUUCCUUUUCUUAUUGCGAUAGGAGGAAAUAAGAGGGAAGGGCAUAAAAAAAAUCCCAUCGCCUAUCUCUCUCUCUCUCUCGCAGGAUUUCUUCUGCGAUUCUUCUCGAAUUCCAAUUCCUCCCCUCUAUCUCUCUCCGUCGCCUAAAAAAAAAAAGAAAAAAGAAAAAGAAAAAAUCCCCUAACCCUAUAAAAUCCCUUCUUUCCAUUUCUCUCUCUUUCUCUCUUUCUUCAAACCACCAACCCCAGAAAAUUCCCAGAUCCCGUUCAUCCGAUCUCAGAUCCCCGAGAACUCCUCGGCCACGAUCUCACCCUUCCUCGAUCCAAGAUUCGCCCUAGGGUUUCAUAUGGUCGUCUUCAUCUGCUGCUAGAUCUCAGAUCCGGCGUAGGUUGUUUUGUUCUUGGAAAUCGGCCCCCUCUGAAACCCUAGUAAUGUCGAUCCUGCCAAAGACCGACUCGAUCCACAUCCGCGAGGUCUGGAAUGAUAACCUUGACGCCGAAUUCGCCCUCAUCCGUGACAUCGUCGACGACUACCCGUACAUUGCGAUGGACACUGAGUUCCCUGGCAUCGUUUUACGGCCUGUCGGAUCGUUCAAGUCGACCGCCGACUACCACUACCAGACCUUGAAGGCGAACGUUGACCUCCUCAAGCUGAUCCAGCUUGGCUUGACCUUCUCUGAUGAGGACGGCAACCUCCCCACCUGCGGCACCGAUAAGUUCUGCAUCUGGCAGUUCAACUUCCGUGAGUUCAACCCCGCUGACGAUGUCUUCGCUAACGACUCCAUCGAGCUUCUCCGCCAGAGCGGUAUCGACUUCAAGAAGAACAGCGAGAGGGGCGUUGACGCUUCCCGAUUUGGUGAGCUCCUCAUGUCGUCCGGAAUCGUCCUCAAUGACGCCGUUCACUGGGUCACUUUCCACAGUGGGUAUGACUUUGGGUACUUGCUUAAGCUCCUCACUUGCCAGAACCUCCCUGACACACAGACCGGGUUCUUCAGCCUCAUCAAGAUGUACUUCCCUACUGUCUACGACAUCAAGCACCUCAUGAAGUUCUGCAACAGCUUGCACGGUGGGUUGAACAAGCUCGCGGAGCUGCUCGAUGUUGAGCGGGUUGGGAUCUGCCAUCAGGCAGGGUCCGACAGCCUGCUUACAUCGUGCACAUUCAGGAAAUUGAAGGAGUCGUUCUUCAAUGGGUCGACGGAAAGAUAUGCAGGCGUGUUGUACGGUCUGGGUGUUGAGAACGGGCAGAAUAGUCAUUAGAAAGAAGGAGAAAACAAUGAAGAGUGUUUGUUUGACUACUACAUGUGGGUGUGACGCUCCCCACGUUAUCUGUCUCUAUGUACACCUUUUAGCAACAAAAUUGCUGCCUCAGUUAUGAAAUUUCUUUUCUACUUUUUUUCACUUUAA